AUGGAAGCUUCACAUAUCACAGAUCCUGUUCGUAAUACCAGGAAGGAUAAAGAACCCUGGCGAGGUCCAGUUCCACAGAGAGGAAAAGACACUCCUCCACCACCUUCGUUCUUCUCCAGGGGAGCAAACAGCAAAUUUGUAUUCAAGAAUAUCGAUGGUCAUUAUCAUGAUCUGAAUUUGGGUGAAAUCCUACAGAGAACCAGUUUCGACGACACCAGAUCCUCCGAUGAGAGUCUUGGUCCUUCAGUAUUCACUGCAUCUCCCUCAUACAAAUCAUCAUUUGCCCAGACUCCCAUUGCGUCCCUGAACUCAUUUUAUCCGCACAGAAAGCCCGGAAGCCCUUCUAUAUCAGGAUCCUCUCACAAUGGACAUCUCAUCGUUCCUCGCACAAGGCUUCCAGACCCGGUAGCUCGGCGACGAGAUAGCGGUUCACUGUAUAGUGUGGAGGAUAUCUCCAUUGAGGCUCACAAGUAUGCUGCCACUGCGACUCAGACUUCACCUCGAAACUCUAUCUUGAAGCAAAACGCUGCUGAUCCUACCCCCAAAGUUGAGAUCGACUCUGAGUCGCAGAAUUUGGAUGAGUACUUGAGAAAGUACGGCCAGAGAAAAGUCACUCGGCACAAGUGGAUCAUGACGGGUUUCCUGGUUUCUGUCAAUUUCAUGUUCAUCUUUGCAUCUUGGUGGUGGCCUCGAUAUUAUUACGUCUAUAUCCCAUUCAUCUCAUUCCCGUUGGUCCUCAACUGUAUUAUGAUCGCCUCAAUCAUCUGUUUUACUCUCAGGAACCUCAUCAAGGCUGAGAAGAUCAUUGAGCCGGAUCAAAUUGAGAACCUAGUAAUGAUCAUGCCUUGUUACAAUGAAACUCUCGAAGAAUGCACCAAGUCGCUUGACUCUCUUGUCAACCAAGUCGGUAUCGAUAACCACAAGAGAGGCAUCAUGGUUAUCUGCGAUGGACGUGUUCGUGGACCUGGCAUGGAGAAAACAACAGCCCAGUACCUCAAGGAAGACAUAUUUGUUGGAAAGAUCCACUCUGAGAAGAUUCGUGGUGCAUACAGGGCUUGGGACGGCCAGGCCAUGGAUGUUGACAUCUCAUGGGGCUACUACAAGGGUGUGCCAUUCUACUGCAUCAUCAAGGAACAGAACCAGGGCAAACGUGAUAGCCUCAUUGUUGUCCGUUCAUUCCUGUACAAGUUCAACAUCCGAAACACCAACCCAACAAACAUCUUCUCACCUCGGUUUCUGCUCUCGAUGACAGACUGGCUUACUCAAGAAGUCAAAGUCAAUGAGGUUGACCAUCUGAUUGGUAUGGAUGCAGACACUGUAUUCGAUGAAUCCUGUGUUUCCGAGCUUCUCAAGGAGUCCAAGUAUCCGACCACUGUGGGAGUCUGUGGUUAUGUUGCAGUUGACUUCAGUGGAGGCAAUUGGAACUUGUGGUCUAUCUAUCAGAACGCCGAGUAUACAAUUGCCCAGGGACUGAGACGCCUGCAUCAAUCCAUUGCUACCAAGAAGGUUUCAUGUUUACCUGGAUGUUGUCAGUUGCUCAAGAUAUGCGACAUGACAUGCGGCGACAAGGUCUUGAUUGAGCAGUUUGGAUACUAUCCCAGGCCUUUGGACGGCAUGAUCAAACGCAUUCGAGCCACUGCAUCUGAAGACCGAAACCAUAUAUGUCAACUUCUUACUACGUUUCCCGAAGCACAAACUCGCCAGGCUUUGCGAGCGAGGGCUUAUACCGAUGUCCCUCAUUCUUGGAGUGUCUUCCUCUCUCAACGUCGCCGUUGGACACUUGGAGCUACAAGCAACGAUUUGUUGCUAUUCACGGCGCGGCAUUGCCAGUGGUGGGAACGUAUACUGGCUUUCUCAAACGUUCUUACCUGGUGUCUAAAUGUCUUCGUUAUUGCCUCUAUUGGUUGCAUGAUCGUGGCCUUCAUGCAUCAGCCGUGGUGGAUCAUCAUGGCAUUUGCAGGAAUCAUGAUCAUUCCUCUCAUAUACUACGUUAUCAUGGCAGUUUGGCUCCCUCAGUCAAUGCUGGAGAGACUUCAGUAUCUGCUUGGUCUCUUCAUAUUCGUUGUUCUAGGACCAUUCUUGAACAUUGCAGUCAUGGUGUUUGCAGUUUUUAAUAUGGAUAGUUUUGGCUGGGGCAAGACUAGAAAGGUUGUCACCGAAACCCCAGAGGAACAGGUACAGGAGAAACAAAAGAUCGCGGAUGCAGGUAGCGGCUCUAGUUCUUCGCAGGUUAAUGCGAGGGAGGAGGUGGCUACAGGCGUGCUGGUCAGGAAGCCAGCGAUAGUAUACGUGCCUGCCACUACACAGCACAAGUAG